AUGCUGUCUCUGGCUCAAAAUCUUCUCCCGAUGAAAAGAGUUUUGGGAAGGUUCAUGAGGAAGGUUAUUCGUCUACGUAGCGGUGAUGGGUAUCCGUCAAUGGUAGUGAAGACGAGUCACAAGCCUGAAUUCGGCUGGGAAUGUUGGCUGGGCGGAACAAAUGAACGUUCAGCUCCUUCGAUUAUAGGAAGUAGAUAA